UUUGCCCAUGAACAUCGCUAGUUCUUGAGACUUUGACAUCAAUAAAAACACCCGCCAGUUGAUACAUCGUAAUAAAUACCUACAUCGUAAUAAAUUGAUUUAUAAACGAGGAAGACAUAAAGAAAGUUGUUGCAAAGUGAAUAGAAGAAGAAUUAUGUCACUUAUUAUAUUAGUUUUGUUGCUUUAUGUUGUUCAAGCUCAAGUUCCUUUUUUGGGGCCUUGUCCCAAUGUUACAAGCAUGGAAGGUUUUCAGGUUGAAAAAUAUUUGGGAAAAUGGUACGAAAUAGAACGUUAUUUCGCUGUAUUCGAAUUCGCAGGUAAAUGUGUAACAGCCGAGUAUUCCAAAAAUAGCGAUGAAACUGUUGCUGUACAUAAUAAACAAUCGAGUUCUAUAACUGGAGAACGAUCUGCUAUCAUGGGAGUGGCUAAAGUUGUUGGUAGACCAGAUGGGGGCAGACUCAGUGUCAGAUUUCCUUCAUUACCAGUUCAGUUUGAAGCUCCAUACUGGAUUUUGGAUACGGACUAUGAGAAUUACUCUGUUGUUUGGUCCUGCUUGGAUUUUGGGAUAGUUAAUACAAGAAAUACUUGGAUACUUACUAGAGCAAGAACACCAAACCCAGAAAUUAUGAAUAAGGCAUAUAGUAUUCUGGACAAAAUGGGCAUAGAUAGGAAUUUGUUGUUGAAAACUGAUCAGGAAAAUUGUUCAGAUCAUACAUAAUAUUGUAUCGAUUCCUGACUCUCAAUUCAAACUUUUAUGACAUGACAUUGUAAAUUAUUUUUCUAAAAUAAAUAUAUCAAACAAAGA